AUGCAGAAAAGAACAGCAAGGGCAACACUAGAAGGAGCAGCAGCAGCAGCAGCAGCAGCAGCAGCAGCAGCAGCAGCAGCAGCCUCACCGGUCCCGGCGACCGGGCUGCAGCCAGCCAGCGAGCAGCCCCAGAGUCACCUCAGCCCAGCAGCAGCAGCAGCAGCAGCGGGAGCUGCGGGAGCAGCAGCCACCGCAGCAACAGCAAACAAAAGCGAAGCCAGUUGUGGGAUCGCUUUGAGGGCUACGGCAGACAAGCUGUUGGGCGCAGUCGAAGAAACUGAAGCCACUGCUUUUGUAGAAGACCUCUUGAGAGGUUUGCUGCUGCGCGCUGCAGCAAUUCGCCCUCGCCCGGACACCCGCUGCAGUCUUUGCUCCCUCACGCUGCCGGAGCAGCAGCUGCAGCUGCUGCAGCAACAGGAGGAGGCCCAGCAGCAGCAGCAGCAGCAGCAGCAGGGCCUGGAGCAGCGGGAGCAGCUGCAGGAAGGCACGGGUGAACAGCCGCAGCAGCAGCAGACACUCCUCCCUCUAAAAAGCAAUGAGAGGCUUUGGCUUGACUUGGCACCAGCGGCGGCCUCCUUUCUCAGCACUAGCAGCAGCAGCAGCAGCAGCAGCAGCCCCAGCAGCAGCAGCAGCAGCAGCAUGAGCGAAGAGGAGGCUGCUGCGCUGCGGCUGCUGCUGCUGCGCCUCUCGUUCUCUAAAAUGCUGCAAGAGGGAAAGACAGAACACUUCAGGCCCUGGUACCGCCGCAUGCUUGCUGCAGCAAAAGCUGACGCCCUGCGGCAGCUGCAGCAGCAGCAGCAGGAGCAAAAGCGCAAGCAGCUGCUGCUGCGGAGGCUCAGGGAGGAGAAGGAGCAGCAGCGCAGGAAGAGGCAGCUGCUGCUGCACCCGCCAGACCCGCCGCCCCACAGACACAGCCACCAGCACAGGCAGCAGCAGCUGCUGCUGCGGCAGCAGCAGCAGCAGCAACGCAGAGGCAGGGGAAGGCGUCGACACUCCUUGGAGGAAGCCCCUAGUCCUGCUGCUGCUGAAGACUCCUUUGCUUCUCAAGCUUCUGUUGCACUUAGUGUCUGGCGACCUGCUGCUCCGGUGCUGCGGCUCCCGCUGUCUGCAGCCUCAGACUCCGAACCGUUUUCCUCGAGAAGAGCCUCAGCAGCAGCAACAGCAGCAGCAGCAGCAGAAGCACAAGAGGUUCAGUGGAGCGUACGCGAGCUGCAGCCGGCAGCAGCAACAGCAGCAACAACAGCAACAGCAGCAACAACAGCAGCAGCAACCUCAGGCGCAGUCGACAACGGAAAUUCUACAGAAGCGGCGUCGCAGCUGGCCUCGCCAGAAGCAACUGCUUCUGCAGCUGCUGCAGCUGGUGCACGGCGCAGCAGCAGCAGCAGCAGCAGCAGCAGCAAGAACGGCAGCACUGGCAACAGCAGCAAGAAAAACGACCGGAGCACUGUCGACAGCAACGGCAACAGCAGCGACAACCGGACCAGCAGCAGCAGCAGCAACAACUGCAAUACUGUCAGCAGCAGCAGCAAAGGCCUGCUUUCCUGCUGCGCACCCAGCAGCAGCAGCAGCAGCAACCCCCGAACUGCAGCAAAGGGCCUCCCCCCACUCCGCGGGGGCAAUGCUUCGCUGCUCUGCAGGCAGCUGCUGCUGCAGCCGCUGCAGCGGCCUCUGGGGGGCCCCAGUGUGCCCUGCAGGACAACUGAGGCCACUGUGCAGCACAUGCAGAGGUGGGUUGGCGAGCAGCAGCAGCAGCAGCAGCAGCAGCAGCAGCAGCAGCAGCAGCGCAAGACUGGGGGCGCGAGCGGGGUGGCGACGCACGGCCGUGAAGGUAUGCCCAAAGAGCCGCAUCAGGAGCAAGAGCAACAGCCGCAGCAAGGGCAGCAGCAGCAGCAAGAGCAGCAGCAGCAACAGCAAGAGCUGCAGCAGCAAGAAGAGGAAGGAGCAGCACGCUUGUCGCGGAGCUCUGAAGCUACCUCAGCUGCUGCUGCAGCAGCGCAGCCAAGCUGCGAAGACCCAGCAGCCGCAGCAGCAGCAGAAGGCGCUGAAGGGGCGCUGCGCGCGUCAGGAGCCGCAGCAGCAGCAGCAGCAGCAGCAGCAGCAGAGGAAGGAACAGCAACAGCAGCAACUCUGCUGCAGCGCAUGCAAGCAGCAAUUAAAGAAAACUGGAAAGGGGGGGAAGGCCCCUUCUCUAUUUGCCUCACUACACCUUUGGCUCAAAGCACCCCCAAAAUCCAGCCGCUGCUGCCGGAGCAGCUGCUGCUGCUGCAGCACGCGCAGCCGGGCUGCAACACUGUUGCAACACUCGAGGAGCAGCACCGAGUCAAAGCCGCCCAAGCAGCGCAGCUGGAGCGCCAGCGGGCCAUUCAGGUCUUCCACGAGCGCCGGCUUGAAGAGCAAAUAGAAAUGGUGAAAGUGCUGCUGCAGCGGGAGCAGCAAAACUGCAGCGAGCUGCUGCUGAAGGAGAAAAGGAGAGAACAAAGGGGCCAGCUGCUGCGGCAGCAGCUGGCGGACUACCACCGCCAGAAGCAGCAGAAGCAGCCCCACAGAAGCAGCAGCAACAGCAACAGCGGCGCAGGCAGCAGCAGCAACAGCAGAAGCAACAAUGCUAAUAGCGGCGGCAGCAGCAGCAAGACCAGCACCAGCAGCAAAAGCAGCAACAACAGCAGCAGCAAGCCACCCUCUUGA